UUCCGCGUGACGCGACGCAGCAGACUUCUCACUCCGACGCACGGAGAACGGUGACUAGCUCGGACGAAAGACUCCGAAGACAGAAGAAUCCGAAAUUUCUUUUGACGAGUAUACUUAGCUAUAGAGCUAAUUCAACGCAGCCCAAGCCGACAAGUCGUGGACGCACGAACAACUUUCUUUCCUGACGACAUAGCUAAAGUAUCAAACACAAUGAUGCAAAUUUUUGUCCGGACCCUAUCAGGUAAAACCCUAACACUAAUGGUAGACAGUUUUGACACGGUGAAAACUACAAAGUUGAAAAUAGAGGCCAAAGACGGCCCCCCAGUCUAUCGCCAAAGCCUGGUAUACAAUGGAAGUGAAAUGGAGGACGAAAUGAUGCUUCGAGACUACCACGUAGUAAAGGCAAGUACCCUCCAUCUGUACCUUAGUCUUAGCCCAGCAGAUGAGAUAAGGCUACGUGUGAGGCAACCUUCAGGUGAGGUGGUCACAGUCAUGGCAGAGGAAAGAGACAAGAUCGAGGCUCUUAAGGCGGUGCUGGAGGCUAAACUGGGUAUUCCACUAGAACAUCAGCAGCUGUAUUUCCAAGGCCAGCAACUAGAGAACCAGGUGUCGCUGAAGGAAUGUGGCAUUCAAGAAGGUUCAGAGCUGGGGCUGCUGGUGGUGGUCCCUAUCACUGUCAAGACACUGACAGGCCAGGCCUUCCCUCUUGAAGUAGCCGCUAACGAAUCAGUCCGUGAAGUAAAGAAGAAAAUUCAGAAAGUGGCAAAGAUUUCACCAGAAAGGCAGCGACUUAUAUAUGCUGGUAAGCCAAUCGAUGAUAAUGGUGCCUUAGACAACUAUGGAGUCAACAGUGGGGCCGAGAUAUAUGUCAUUCGACGGCUUUACUUCUAUAACUUGAAAAUCAGAAAGUUUAAGAGCAAUAAGUACAUCAAGUUGAAAGUAGACUCCUCCACUACUGUCAAGAGAGUGAAGAAAAUGAUAGAGACCAUAGAUGGUACACCACAUGACCUUCAACAACUGACUCUAUCAGGAGUUUGCCUGGAGAACAGGAGAAGAAUGGGGUACUAUCACACACUCAUCUCAAGCAAGUGUAGACUGGUCCUCAGGAGCCAACCACAGUACCAGGUGUUCCUCAGAACUCUGUCAGGGAAGACGCUAGCACUAGGAGUGAGAGGUGGGGACACAGUGAGGGACAUGAAGUCAGUCAUCUAUGAGAGAGAAGGGAUCCCGCCCAACCAGGUGACGGUAAUGUCAGGUGGGAGAGUGCUGAGAGAUGAGAAGAGGGUGAGGGAUUGUGGUCUUCACAGUGGGAGUACUGUUGACCUCUCUCUGGGUCUGUUUGGAGGUUUCCAGAUAUUUGUAGAGACUGUGAAAGGUGAAACCAUUACUGUGGAAGUGAAGCAUAGCUAUACUAUUAAGGAGGUUAAAGCAAUAAUGAAAAAGAUGGAUAUAAUGUUUACACAAGAACUUGUUCAUGGUGGUAAGAUACUCAAAGAUAGUUGGACAUUGAGUGACUGUAAUGUAAACAGUAAUGACUUGCUUCAUCUGGAAAAUGUGUUUGCAAUACACUUGAAGGAUCCAACAGGAAAAACAAUUAGGUUGGAGGUGGCUUCCAGUAAUACUAUUGAAAAUGUGAAGGCUGAACUUGAGGAACAAGAAGGACUGCCACUAGACCAGCAAAGACUUAUACUUGAUGGUAGGGAACUGCAGAACGUGUUGACAAUUAGUCAUUAUGGCAUUCUAUCAGGGUCUCUUCUUGAUCUGGUGCUUGUUAGAGAUGGUGAGUUUUUGGUAUGUGUGAAGACUUGUCACAAGACAGUGUUUCUGGCAGUAGAAGCCAAUGAUACUACAAAGGGUGUUAAGGCUAAAUUUCAUAGAAGGGAGGGUAUACCACCAGACCAACAAAGAAUUACAUUCCAAGAUAGGCACAUGAAAGAUAGAUUAACUCUGAGUGACUAUGGCAUUCAUAAUAAAAGUACUCUUGGUUUACAAGUGGGUAUGCAGUUAUUUGUGGACAUACCAGCAGACCAAACCAUUUCAUUAAUGGUAAAUGAGGAAGAUACAAUAGAAACAGUGAUGACUAAAGUUUUCAAUAAAAGCGGAACAUUUCAAGACAACCACCGUCUCUUCUUUUCCGGAAAGCAACUGAAUAGUAGACACACCCUGAGUUAUUAUAAUAUUUGCAAU